CCAUUCCGAUUCUUACCAGAGAAGAUGUUGGAGCUUAUAAUUUCUGCUGCAUUUUUUUCUCGUAAUACUUUAAUUUCCAGAGUUUCAUUUUGAUUUUUAAAGUAAAUAUAUAUAUAUAUAUAGGCCUAUAUUUUGCUCGACCAUAAACUGAUAAUUCUUUGGAUUUUGGUUUUGGAGAAUAACCUAUAUACUAACGUGUUUUAGACCCUUUGCUGUCUUGUACAGUAGGUCCACAUUUGAGAUUUCUGCACAUUAAGUUUACUUUUCUUUUGGCGCACACAUUUUGUUAAAUAUCUCAUAUUACAUGUGGAAAUGUUUUCAAGCGUCUUCAGUUUUUAGAAAGCCUGGGAGAUUGAUGUUCAACCAAUCCUUGUUUAUCACUUAAUGAGCAUUUUUUUGAGCCUCAUCAUACCUCACCCUUCCAUGACUGCACAACCCUGACGCAUCUGCAGAGGACAAGGCUGCGGCAAUGGAGAGUAUUUCAAAUGAAAGUGAAUUUUGGCAAGUUAACGAAUCCUGGCAGAACCCAAGUCUCGUUAACGGGACCGGUUUGUUGAAUCAGACGAACCCUCUGAAGCGGAAUGAAGAGGUGGCGAAGGUAGAGGUGACUGUGCUCGCCCUGGUGCUGUUUCUGGCGCUUGCGGGGAACCUGUGCGUCCUGCUGGCCAUCCACACAACCAAGCACAGCCAGUCCCGCAUGUACUACUUCAUGAAGCACCUGAGCAUCGCCGAUUUAGUUGUGGCGAUAUUUCAAGUUCUCCCUCAACUUAUCUGGGACAUUACAUUUCGGUUCUAUGGACCGGACAUUUUGUGCAGGUUGGUGAAAUACCUACAGGUCGUUGGAAUGUUUGCCUCCACUUAUAUGUUAGUUUUGAUGUCCGUAGACAGGUGUUUGGCAAUUUGUCAGCCUCUUCGUUCUUUACACAGAGUAAAAGACCGUUUUUAUGUCAUCUUUUCCUGGGUACUGAGCCUGCUCUUCAGUAUCCCGCAGAUGUUUAUUUUCUCCCUGAUCGAGGUUGGCUCGCCCGGAUCAGGAGUGUAUGACUGCUGGGGCGACUUCGUGAAGCCUUGGGGAGCCAAAGCUUACAUCACAUGGAUCAGUCUCACUAUAUAUAUCAUUCCAGUGGCGAUACUGAGCAUUUGCUACGGGUUAAUAAGCUUCAAAAUAUGGCAAAACUUUAAACUGAAAACCAGGCGGGAGCAGUGUAUAAGCCUGACACCCAAAGCAUCCAAAUGCAACACACUGGCCCGCGUGAGCAGCGUUAAGCUCAUCUCCAAGGCGAAGAUAACCACAGUGAAAAUGACUUUUGUGAUCGUCUUGGCCUAUAUCGUCUGUUGGACCCCAUUUUUCUCUGUCCAAAUGUGGUCUGCGUGGGAUCCAGCAGCGCCCCGUGAGGCCAUGCCCUUCAUCAUCUCCAUGCUGCUGGCCAGCCUCAAUAGCUGCUGUAACCCCUGGAUCUACAUGUGCUUCGCCGGACAUCUGUUCCAGGAUCUUAGGCAGAACUUUUUGUGCUGUUCCACUCGCUACCUCAAGUCAUCCCAGUGCCACUGUGAGCGUGACUUUGACUCCAGUCACAAGAGCAACUCCUCAACCUUUGCCAUUAAGAGCACUAGCAGUCAGAGGAGCAUCACACAGACUUCCACAACAUAAGCACCCACCCUCUCUUCCCUUCUCUCUCUCUCUCU